AUGAUUAAUCUAUUGUGUGCCCUAUGCGCUCUAUGGAACGUAUUUUAUCUAUGCGUGCCGCUUUUCAAUUGCCUUCAUAUUGAAGACACUGUCAAAAUUGAGCUACAUAAAAUAGGGAACGGCGAUUUUUUAAAAAUUUGUUGUGCAGACUUUUGCUCCUUCCAAAAAUAUAACGUAACUACGAAGACAUAUUUGUUCAUCAAGGAAAACAUAAUUUUGCAUAAUUGUAAAAAUGGCAUUAAGUUGUACCACUCUAGUGACUAUUUUUUUCACUUGGCUCACUUUGUAAAAAAUGAUCAAAUGAUCGAAAUUGUUGAUUCCUUUGAACAUGAAAAGAUCAAAUUUACCGUUUGGGAGCCCCUUUUUGAAUUUCUAUCAAUUGGGGGUAACCAGAAAUAUGUCUAUAUGCCCCUUGGAUUUUAUGAAGCUAAGAAAUGCAAAAGGAAUCACACAAAGGGGAAUGUCAUUGGGGUGGAUGCCCUGUGUGAUAAUUACGGUAGCAUCGAAUUUAGGCUUAACAGGGGAGAAACUGAACCAUUUUACGAAGACCCAGCAAUUUGCGACUUGUGUGCGAAAAGGAUGACCAUUGUAGGGGAACCCAAGCGAGGUGGAAAAAAAAGAUAUAAAAAAUGGUCUCUCCCAAGUUACAAAUCGAUGCUAAAAAUUGCCUCCCUACUCCUUCUUCUUGCCAUUUUAAUGGCAACCAUUUGGAUAUUUUUAAAGAGAAAGAAAUGCAAAAUGAAAGAUGAAAAAAAUCCGAGGUGUGCUGAAAAAAGGCUAGCCGAAAUACACGUAGCAUACAAGAACAAAAUACAAACAAAUUUUGGCUCAAAAAUAAAAGACAUUACGGAUGAAGAUUUAAUAAAUCUUAUCGCUCAUAAUAAGGCGGAGCUAAUCAUUGUCUGUCAACCGUAG